GAAAUGCAAAUCCCUGUAGAUCUGGAAAAGGUCUGGCCCUGGACUUGAAGCUUGGGCUGAGAACCUCUACACUGUGUACCUUCAGCACACUCUAAAUCUAAGGGAGGUGCUCGAGUCACUCCAGACUUACUGGCCAAUCAGAGCCUUUAGGCGGACCUGCCAGUCAGAAGAGAAGGCGGGUUUUCCGGGUGCCGUGGUGCCGGUUUCGCUUAGUAGCUGAGUAGGCUUGAAUGGUCCUGUGUGCUGUGUUCUCUGUCCUGCCUCUGGAUGCUGUGGAGGGUGCUCAGGCAAGCUCCGAAGUUGCGACAUGCUUCUAAGCCUCGUGGUUGAUACCUCUGGAGAUACGUGUCAGCCCGGAGCUCUGCCAUUAAACUACCUCAUGUGUUUGCAUCAAGACGGUCUCUCAUGAUUCUUUGGGUGCGCGCUAUCUCGUGACUUGAGUGGGGGUAUCCCCAUGGAGGUCUUUCAUUUGGAGGUUCCACCAAGAUCUGCGUGACACCCAGGAACCCCGAAGACCCCUUGGAGGCACUGCAGCAGAAGAGGCCAGCUGUGCAGGCGCACGGCCCCGGGGUGCUGGGCCCCACGAGCGAGAUGGCGAGUGCAACACUCCACCGGCACCUGCCCCACCACCACCACAUACCUCAGCGCCCAAGGGAUGGGAGGAGAAGAGGGGCAGGGCCCGCGGGAUUCACGUCAGCACUCACCAGGUUCCCUGAGAGCGGCUGCACCAGAGUCACCGCACCGACCUCCCCCACCCCCGACCCUGGGCCCCGCUGCUGCAGACAGACGGACAGGAAGAAGAAGAAGAGACUGUGGGAGUGGCCAGCCAGGAGCACCGCGAGUUCCCUGGCUGCUUCUGAUACCUGCCUAAUUAUAUUUCCCUUUCCCCUGCAUCCCACCUGCCCGUCUCCAGGCUUUGGCAGUUCCAGAGUGCCUCUUGUUAGCAGAAAAAGUGCUUUCACUUUGAGAUGUCAGUGGCCCAGCUGGGCUCCUUUCGCUGCCCCAUGUGUCUUAUCAGGAGGCUCUGCCCUGAGCUGCUGGCAGUGAGUCUGCUCCAAGUUCCAUCGAGGGAGACAUCUGCCCACUUGGGGCUUCUCCUGCCCAAGGAUGCAUUGACCUAUGAUGAUGUGCAUGUGAACUUCACUCGAGAAGAAUGGGCUUUGCUGAAUCCUACACAGAGGAAUCUCUACAAAGUUGUGAUGUUGGAGAUCUACAGGAACCUCAAAGCUGUAGGAUACAAUUGGGAAGACCAAAACACUGAAGAACAUUGUCAAAGUUCCAGAAGACAUGGAAGGCAUGAAAGAAGUCAUACUGGAGAAAAACCCUCUGAAAAUACUCAAUGUGGUAAAGCCUUUGCAAAUCAAAGUCAUGUCCAUGUACAUAAAAGAAUACAUACUGGAGAGAAACCCUAUGAAUGUAAUCAGUGUGGUAAAGCCUUUGCACAAAAGGCUCAUCUCAAAAUACAUAUACUAACACAUACUGGAGAGAAACCUUACAAAUGUGAUCAAUGUGAUAAAGCCUUUGCAUCUCAUAGUACUCUCCAAGUACAUAAAAGAACACAUACUGGAGAGAAACCCUAUGAAUGUGAACAGUGUGGUAAAGCCUUUGCACAUCAUUGUCAUUUCCAAGUACAUAAAAGAAUACAUACUGGAGAGAAACCUUAUAAAUGUGAUCAGUGUGUUAAAGCCUUUGUAAGUCGGAUUGAACUUAAAAGACAUAAAAGAGUUCAUACUGGAGAGAAACCUUACAAAUGUAAUGAAUGUGGUAAAGCCUUUGCACAAUACAGUACUCUCAGAAUGCAUGAUAAAACCCAUACUGGAGAGAAACCCUAUGAAUGUAAGCAAUGUAGUAAAUCCUUUGCCUCUCAUGGUCAACUUCGAAAACAUGAAAGAAUUCAUACUGGAGAGAAACCUUACACAUGUAAUCAAUGUGGUAAAGCCUUUACAGAAUACAGUACUCUCAAAAGGCAUAAAAUAACCCAUACUGGAGAGAAACCCUAUGAAUGUAAGCAAUGUAGUAAAUCCUUUGCCUCUCAUGGUCAACUCCAAACACAUGAAAGAAUUCAUACUGGAGAGAAACCUUACAAAUGUAAUCAAUGUGGUAAAGCCUUUGCAGAACACAGUACUCUCAAAAUGCAUAAAAGAAUUCAUACUGGAGAGAAACCCUAUGAAUGUAAGCAAUGUAGUAAAUCCUUCGCCUCUCAUGGUCAACUUCGAAAACAUGAAAAGAAUUCAUACUGGAGAGAAACCUUACAAAUGUAAUCAGUGUGGUAAAGCCUUUGCAGAUCAUGGUCAACUUCGAAACACAUGAAAGAAUUCAUACUGGAGAGAAACCUUACAAAUGUAAUCAAUGUGGUAAAGCCUUUGCAUACCAUUAUCAUCUUCAAAUGCAUAAAAGAAUUCAUACUGGAGAGAAACCUUACAAAUGUAAUCAAUGUGGUAAAGCCUUUGCACAGUACAGUACUCUCAGAAUGCAUGAAAAAACCCAUACUGGAGAGAAACCCUAUGAAUGUAAGCAAUGUAGUAAAUCCUUUGCUUCUCAUAAUAUACUUCAAACACAUGAAAAAAUUCAUACUGGAGAGAAACCUUACAAAUGUAAUGAAUGUGGUAAAGUCUUUGGACGACACAGUCAUCUCAGAAUUCAUAAAAGAAUACAUACUGGAGAGAAACCUUACAAAUGUGAUCAAUGUGGUAAAGCCUUUCCAUAUUGUAAUACUCUCCAAGUACAUAAAAGAACACAUACUGGAGAGAAACCUUAUGAGUGUGGUCAAUGUGGCAAAGCCUUUGCAAAUCAAAGUUAUUUCCAUGUACAUAAAAGAAUACAUACUGGAGAGAAACCCUAUGAAUGUAAGCAAUGUAGUAAAUCCUUUGUUUCUAAUGGUCAACUUCAAAGACAUGAAAGAAUUCAUACUGGAGAGAAACCUUACAAAUGUAAUGAAUGUGGUAAAGCCCUUGCAUGCCAUCGUAGUCUUCAAAUGCAUAAAAGAAUACAUACUGGAGAGAAACCCUAUGAAUGUAAGCAAUGUAGUAAAUCCUUUGUUUCUAAUGGUCAACUCCGAAAACAUGAAAAAAUUCAUACUCGAGAGAAACCUUACAAAUGAAGACAAUAUUAGUAAAGCCUAUUCACACUAAAGUCACCUCCAGCUACAUAAAAGCACAUAGUAAAGAGCAACUCGGUGAAUAUAACCAAUGUGACAAAGCCAUUGCAUAUCAUAGUUAUCUCCAAGUACAUAAAAGAACAUAUACUUCAAAGAAGCCCUAUGAAUGCAAUCAAUGUGGCAAGGCCUUUGCAUAUGAAAGUUAUUUCCAAGUACAUAAAAGAAUACAUACUGGAGAGAAACCCUAUGAAUGUAAGAAAUGUAGUAAAUCCUUUGCCUCAUGGUCAAUUUCAAAGUCAUCAAAGAAUUCAUAAUGGAAAGAAACCUUACAAAUAUAAUGAAUGUGGUGAAGCCUUUGCACAGCAUCGUAAUCUUCGAAUGCAUAAAAGAAUACAUAUUGGAGAGAAACCUUACAAAUGUAGAAAAUAUGGCAAAGCCUAUUCACAAUCAAGUCACCUCCAACUACAUGAAAGGCCACAAACUAAAGAGUAAUCCUUUGAAUAUAACCAAUGUGGUAAAGCCUUUACAGCGAUCUUGAAAGGUAUGGUGGUUUGAAAAUACUUGGCCCAUGGAAAGUGGUAGUAUUCAGAAGUAUGGCCUUUCAGGAAUAGAUGUGGCAUUUGAGAAAGUAUGUCCCGGUGGGGGUGGACUUUGAGAUCCUAUGCUUAAGCUCCACACAGGGCAGAAGAGUCUUCUGGCUGCCUUCUGAUCAAGAUGUAGAACUCUCGUCUCCUGCAGCACCAUGUCUGCUUGGACACUGCCAUUUUUUCAGCCUUGAUAUUCGACUGAACCUCUGAAUCUGUACACUACCCCCAAUUAAAUGUCCUUUAUAAGAGUUGCCUUGGUCGUGGUAUCUUUUCACAGGAAUAAAACCGAAAUUAAGACAAACAACAUAAAAGAUAACCCACUGGAGAGAAACUGACAAGCUGAUAGUUCUCUGCAUGUUUGAUAACAGAAAUAACAUGUUUUAGAUAGUCUCUUCUUCCUUCACUUCUCUCCUUCCGUUUUUCCUCAUCUAUAUCUUCCUACAUCUCCUUUUCCUUUCCAUUUCUUCCCCCCCCCACCCACACACACACACACACACACACAUGAGGAUAGUGAUAUAUUAAGAUAGAAUCUCAGAUGUAGCCCAGGGUAGCCUUGAAUUGAAAAUCCUCCUACCUCUAUCUCUUGAAGGCUGAGAUUAUAAGUGUGUAUAUCAUGCCCAGGUUUUUCAAGCUGAAUCCAUGGAUGUGGGAUCCUGAGUUACAAAUUACUGGCUAAUCUUUGGGAAAUUGCUAAGCUGAUGAUAAUAUUGAAAAGUAGACUCAAAGAAUAGGCCAUGCCUCCACUUCUAUUAGCUCCUGGAAUCCCAUUACUAUAGGGAUAUGGAGUAAGCCUAGGCAUUCGUUCUAAAGCAGUCUGUUUCACUUGAGACAGUAAGAGGCACCAAAAUGACCAAGAGGGACUAGAACUUAAAGCACCAUAAAGGCCUUCUCAAGCCAGACAAGGACUCCAGGAGAUGCUCUAACAGAUUCAGUGAUCAUGGUCAGAGAGGACCAACCCCAUUGUAUUAGGAGGUGUAAGAGAGGGUUCCAAGGUACUUCCCUCUUGCUUCAUAUAGUGUUUAUUUAAACCCAGACACAUACUGGAUAGAGUAGAGAUGAGUAUCUUUAAGAGUCACAUGGUAUUCUUUCUAGACCAUUAUCCAUGUCCAAAGAGCAUUAGAACACGGGAUCUGCUGCUGAUGCAUUGAAGCAGUUCCAAAAAGAUCACUGUUAUGUGCCUAUUAGUUUUUGAAAUGUUUAAUUCUAGGCUUCUUCAGAAUUUGGAAGGAUGAUAAGAAGAUGGGCAGGAAAAGAAAAUUCUUGUGGGUUUCCCUUAAUGCUUUCCCUCCUGUGUUCUUCUACAUAAUGCAAAGCAUUAUGGUCCCUGAGGUCUUGCACUGUUUCUCAUUGGUAAUGUUGCCUGAUGAGCAGGUAAUGAACUCUGGUCUUUAAUGUGCAUGCAGAGAUCAUGAUUUCCUAAUAAUUCAAUGUGUUUUCUUAGAAUCAAUAUUGUAUUGAAUAUAUAAAACAUCUAAACUGAUUUACAGUGUAUGGAGGAUAUGUCUGGGUUCUGUGCUGUUACUACACAAUUCUAUGUGCAUUGAGUGUAGUUUAACUCCACUAUAUUGUUGUGGCUGCUCAGUAUUGCUUAUUGACCAUCUAACUCCCAGGAAGUACAUUAUACAGAGAAACUACCUUUUAAAUGUAUUAUUUCAUGAAUUUUGUAUUAACAAAGAUUAAAUUUUAAAGUAUUAUGUCUCUGAA